AUGCCCGCCAGCCCAGUCCAAAGGCUGCCGGACACCCAACUCCCUCUCUCAUCCUCCCACCCCGUCCAGAAUCCAGUGUUGUUCGUCCAGAAAAGUAACUCUUGCUCUUUCCCCUCCCUCUCCAUAACCACUUGCCUCGCGGCAACUUCUAGCAGCCCGAGUGACAGAAUGAAAUAA